UGCCCCUCCUACAUCCCAGAAUAAAAACGUCGGACCCGAAGAGAAAGGCGAGCAGUCUCUGCAUUUUAUCGUGUUAUCAAACUACAGAGGAUACAUUCGCUGUCUGUUUCGACUCGGCAAUUAGAAUAUAUAUGUUUCUAUUUCGUGGGUAGAGCAGUUUUACCGAUUAAUCGAGGAUUGGCCUGGUUUUCAGCAUUAAUCGAAUGCGGAACAAUGGCGUAUCUACCGGGGUUCCCAUUCAAGAUGUUUGCAUUCAUGUUUCUGAUAUGUGCAACGGAUAUAAUUUCCGGGCAAAUUCGUUACUCUAUUCCCGAGGAAAUGGAGCAAGGGGCAUUUGUUGGGAAUAUUGCUCAAGAUCUGGGCCUGAAUGUACGGCAAUUGUCAGCUCGUAAAUUUCGACUGAGCUCCGAUGACGGAGGGCGCUACAUGAAGGUUAGUUUGGACAAUGGAAUAUUAUCUAUUCGUGAAAGAAUCGAUAGAGAACGUAUCUGUAGGCAAGCAGAAAUGUGUACUCUGUCUUUUAAAACAACACUGGAAAAUCCUUUGGAGGUGUACCGCGGGGAAUUAGAGAUUCUUGAUGUCAAUGAUAAUUCCCCCACUUUCGGAGACGGCAGCAUCGUCUUACAGAUAUCGGAAUUGAGUGCACCAGGUGUACGUUUCCGUCUCGAGAGGGCCGAAGAUCCCGACAUUGGAAUGAAUACCGUCGCCGCCUACACGAUCAGUUUCACCGAAUAUUUUAGUAUAAAGACACGCCGAACCGAGAACGAUGUUCUUGUACCAGAGUUGCUGUUAGAUAAAUCUUUGGACCGAGAGCUGCAAUCUUCUUUUCAGCUCUUGCUUACUGCGACAGACGAUGGCACUCCUCAGAGAACAGGGACCGCUCAGAUUCUUGUUACUGUGUUCGACAUUAAUGAUAAUGCACCUGUGUUUGAUGAUGACAUUUACAGGGUCAGCGUAAGCGAGGACGCACCGCAUGGUACCUUGGUGCUCAAGGUCAAAGCAAAUGAUUUGGACGAAGGGCUGAAUGCUGAGAUAACAUAUUAUUUUAGUGAGGUUGAUUUGCGAAAAGCGCGUAAUGUAUUCAGUUUAGAUCCAGACAGUGGGGAGGUUCGAGUCGAUGGGCCCUUGGAUUUUGAAGAAACAAACAGCUAUUCUCUUGAUGUUCAAGCUGUGGACCACGGUUCGCCCUCAAUGACAGGACAUUCUAACGUGCUGAUCAAGGUCAUUGACGUGAACGAUAACGCACCCGAGAUUAAGGUGACAUCAACUUCCAACAAAAUCCCGGAAAAUGCUCCACCAGGAACAUUCAUAACGUUCAUUGAUGUUAUCGAUCGUGAUUCUGGAGAGAACGGUCAAGUCCGCUGCGAGUUACCCAAGAACGUUCCCUUUAGACUACAAACAGCAUUGAAACAUUAUACAUUGGUUACCAGUGAAAUGUUGGACCGUGAAGUGAUUUCUCAGUAUAAAUUACUAAUUUCGGCAUGGGACUUGGGAUCGCCUUCACUGUCGUCAAAUAAAACCAUCAACAUUGCAAUAACCGAUGUAAAUGAUAACGCCCCGCGGUUUUCUGAAUCAUCCUACAACGUGUAUGUGAUGGAGAAUAACGCUCCGGGUGCAUCCAUUUUCGCAGUAACAGCACUGGAUCCUGAUCAGGAGCAGAAUUCCUAUAUUUCUUACUCUUUUGUGGACAAUUACAUCCAAAUCCUACCAGUGUCCACUUACCUGACUAUUAACACAAUGAAUGGUACCAUUUAUCUGUUGCGUGGCAUUGACUAUGAGGAACUCAAGCAGUUCCAGAUCCUUGUACAAGCGCGUGACGCUGGGUUGCCUCCGCUAAGCAGCAGCGCCACGGUGAAUGUGAUCAUCCUGGAUCAAAAUGACAACGCGCCGGUAAUCGUUUCACCUUCACAACUAGGUGGAUCAGCAGCAGAGGAGGUUAUGCCCCGGUCAGCGGGUCAAGGGUACUUGGUCACCAAGAUAAUGGCAACUGAUGCAGAUUCUGGUCAGAAUGCAAGGAUCUUUUAUCAGAUGGUGAAAUCUACCGAUCCCACUUUGUUCACCGUUACGAAAAAUUCAGGUGAAAUCAGAACAGCGCGCAGUAUUUUACAGACAGAUACUCCUGUACAUACUCUGGUCAUCUUGGUGAAGGACAAUGGGCAGCCAAGCCUGUCCAGUACAGUUACAAUGAACAUUAGAGUUUUGGAGAACAGCACUGAAGGAAUCACGGAAAGCAGCGCCUUGGUGAAAAAUCCGGGAUAUUUCUCAGAUCCAAAUGUUUAUUUCAUCAUCAUUUUCAGUUGCACUUCCGUUGUCUUUCUUCUGAUCAUCGUUCUGUUGAUUGGGAUCAAGUGUAAACAGGACAGAAGUAUUAUCCAAGGGUAUAACACUCCCAGUUAUUGUUACAAUCGUGGAGAUUCGCAAGAUACGUAUAAAGGAAGACCUGCGAUGGAGGAAACUUUACGCUAUCCUGGGACAGGCCGGGUUGUCCGCGUGCCGGAACCGCAUCAAUACUCGGUCUGCCUGUCUCCAGAGUCAGCGAAAAGUGAUUUUCUAUUUUUGCAGCCAUGCGGUGCUCCCAUGUCUCAGAAUAUAUAUGUUUCUAUUUCGUGGAAAGAACAUUUUUUACCGAUUAAUCGAGGACAGGCCUGGUUUUCGAUAUUAAUUGAAUGCGGAACAAUGGCGAACCUACGGAGGUUUCCUUUCAACGUGUUUGCAUUCAUGCUUCUGAUAUGUGAACAGGAUCUAAUUUCCGGGCAAAUUCGGUACUCUAUUCCAGAGGAAAUGGAGCAAGGGGCAUUUAUUGGGAAUAUUGCUCAAGAUCUGGGCCUGAAUGUACGGCAAUUAUCAGCUCGCAAAUUUCGACUGAGCUCCGAUGGCGGAGGGCGCUACAUGAAGGUUAGUUUGGACAAUGGAAUAUUAUCUAUUCGUGAAAGAAUUGAUAGGGAACGUAUCUGUAGACAAGCGGAAAUGUGUACUCUGUCUUUUAAAACAACACUGGAAAAUCCCUUGAAGGUGUACCGCGGGGAAUUAGAGAUUCUUGAUGUCAAUGAUAAUUCCCCCACUUUCGGAGACGGCAGCAUCGCCUUACAGAUAUCGGAAGCGAGUACCCCUGGUGUGCGUUUUCGUCUCGAGAGGGCGGAAGAUCCCGACAUUGGAAUCAAUACCGUCGCCGCCUACACGAUAAGUUUCACCGAGUAUUUUAGUAUAAAAACACGCAGAACCGAGAGCGAUGUUCUUAUACCAGAGUUGUUGUUAGAUAAAUUUUUGGACCGAGAGCAGCAAUCUUCUUUUCAGCUCUUGCUUACUGCGACAGACGGUGGCACUCCUCAGAGAACAGGGACUGCUCAGAUUAUCGUUACUGUUUUGGACUUCAAUGAUAAUGCGCCUGUGUUUGAUAAUGACAUCUAUCGGGUCAGCGUAAGUGAGGACGCGCCACAUGGUACCUUGGUGAUGAAGGUCAAAGCAAAUGACUUGGACGAAGGACUAAAUGCUGAGAUAACAUAUUCGUUUAGUGAUGUUGAUUUGCGAAAAGCGCGUAAUGUAUUCAGUUUAGAUCCAGAUAGUGGGGAGGUUCGAGUCGAUGGGCCCUUGGAUUUUGAAGAAACAACCAGCUAUUCUCUUGAUGUUCAAGCUGUGGACCACGGUUCACCCUCAAUGACCGGACAUUCUAACGUGCUGAUCAAGGUAAUCGACGUGAACGAUAACGCACCCGAGAUUAAGGUGACAUCAACUUCCAACAAAAUCCCGGAAAAUUCUCCACCAGGAACAUUCAUAACGUUCAUCGAUGUUAUCGAUCGUGAUUCUGGAGAGAACGGUCAAGUCCGCUGCGAGUUACCCAAGAACGUUCCCUUUAGACUCCAAACAGCAUCGAAACAUUAUACAUUGGUUACCAGUGAAACGUUGGACCGUGAAGUGAUUUCUCAGUAUAAAUUACUAAUUUCGGCAUGGGACUUGGGAUCGCCUUCACUGUCGUCAAAUAAAACCAUUCAUAUUGCAAUAACCGAUGUAAAUGAUAACGCCCCGCGGUUUUCUGAAUCAUCCUACAACGUAUAUGUGAUGGAGAAUAACGCUCCGGGCGCAUCCAUUUUCGCAGUAACAGCACUGGAUCCUGAUCAGGAGCAGAAUUCCUAUAUUUCUUACUCUUUUUUGGACAAUUACAUCCAAAACCUACCAGUGUCCACUUACCUGACUAUUAACUCAAUGAAUGGUACAAUUUACAUGUUGCGUGGCGUUGACUAUGAGGAACUCAAGCAGUUCCAGAUCCUUGUACAAGCGCGUGACGCUGGGUUGCCUCCGCUAAGCAGCAGCGCCACAGUGAAUGUGAUCAUCCUGGAUCAAAAUGACAACCCGCCGGUAAUUGUUUCACCUUCAGAACUAGGUGGAUCAGCAGCAGAGGAGGUUCUGCCCCGGUCAGCGGGUGAAGGUUACUUGGUCACCAAGAUAAUGGCAACUGAUGCAGAUUCUGGUCAGAAUGCUCGGAUCUUUUAUCAGAUGAUGAAAUCUACCGAUCCCACUUUGUUCACCGUUACGAAAAAUUCAGGUGAAAUCAGAACUGCGCGCCGUAUUUUGCAGACAGAUGUUCCUGUACACACUCUGGUCAUCUUGGUGAAGGACAAUGGGCAGCCAAGCCUGUCCAGUACAGUUACAAUGAACAUUAGAGUUUUGGAGAACAGUACUGAAGGAAUCACGGAAAGCAGCACCUUGGUGAAAAAUCCGGGAUAUUUCUCAGAUCCAAAUGUUUAUUUAAUCAUCAUUUUCAGUUGCACUUCCGUUGCCUUUCUGCUGAUCAUCGUUCUGUUGAUUGGGAUCAAGUGUAAACAGGAUAGAAGUAUUAUCCAAGGGUAUAACACCCCCAGUUAUUGUUACAAUCGUGGAGAUGCGCAAGAUACGUAUAAAGGAAGACCUGCGAUGGAGGAAACUUUACGCUAUCCUGGGACAGGCCGGGUUGUCCGCGUGCCGGAACCGCAUCAAUACUCGGUCUGCCUGUCUCCAGAGUCAGCGAAAAGUGAUUUUCUUUUUCUACAGCCAUACGGUGCUCCGAUGUCUCAGGCCGAAUGUGGUCACACCACCAUCCUGAUCGUGGUUGAUAGAUUUAGCAAGAUGGCUCACUUCGUGCCUCUGCCCAAGCUUCCGUCAGCCAAGGAAAUUGUUGAGCUCAUGUUACUCCACAUCUUCAGACUCCAUGGUCUCCCCGUCGAUGUGGUCUCCAACCGGUAUCUAAGAGUUUGCAUCGCCAUACAGAUAUCGGAAGCGAGUGCACCCGGUAUAGGUUUCCGUCUCGCGCGGGCGGAAGAUCCCGACAUUGGAAUCAAUACCGUCGCCGCCUACACGAUCAGUUUCACCGAGUAUUUUAGUGUAAAAACGCGUAGAACCGAGAGCGAUGUUCUCAUACCAGAGUUGCUGUUGAAUAAGUCACUGGACCGAGAGCUGCAAUCUUCUUUACAGCUCUUGCUUACUGCGGCAGACGGUGGGACUCCUCAGAGGACAGGGACAGCUCAGAUUCACAUUACUGUGUUCGACAUUAAUGACAACGCGCCGGUGUUUGAUCGUGAUAUUUACAAGGUCAGCGUAAGUGAGGACGCACCACAUGGUACCUUGGUGAUGAAAGUCAAAGCAAAUGAUUUGGACGAAGGGCUAAAUUCUGAGAUAACAUAUUCUUUCGAUGAUGUUGAUUUGCGAAGAGCGCGUCAUUUAUUCAGUUUAGAUCCAGAUAGUGGGGAGGUUCGAGUUGAAGGGCCCUUGGAUUUUGAAGAAACAAACAGUUAUUCGCUCGAUGUUCAAGCUGUGGACCGCGGUUCACCCGCAAUGACAGGACAUUCUAACGUGCUGAUCAAGGUCAUUGACGUGAACGAUAACGCACCUGAGAUUAAGGUGACAUCAGCUUCCAAACAAAUUCCGGAAAAUGCACCGCCAGGAACAUUCCUAACCUUCAUUGAUGUUAUUGACCGGGAUUCUGGGGAGAACGGUCAGGUUCGCUGCGUGUUACCCAAGAAUAUCCCCUUUAGACUACAGACAUCAUCGAACCAUUAUAAAUUAGUUACCAGUGACACGUUGGACCGUGAAGGGAUUUCUGAAUAUCGAUUACCAAUUUCAGCAUGGGACCUGGGGUCGCCUUCAUUAUCCUCAAAUAAAACCAUCCAUAUUACAAUAACCGAUGUAAACGAUAACGCCCCGCGGUUUGCUGAAUCAACCUACAACGUGUAUGUGAUGGAGAACAAUGCACCCGGCGCAUCGAUUUUCGUACUAACUGCUCUAGAUCCUGAUCUGGAGCAGAAUUCCUAUGUUUCUUACUCUUUUGUGGACCAUUUCAUCCAAAAUCUACCAGUGUCCACUUACCUGGUCAUUAACUCAAUGAACGGUACCAUUUAUGCGUUGCGAUCCUUUGACUACGAGGAACUCAAAAACUUCCAGAUCCAUGUACAAGCCCGUGACGCUGGGGUGCCUCCGCUGAGUAGCAGCGCCACGGUGAAUGUGAUCGUCCUGGAUCAAAAUGACAACGCGCCGGUAAUUGUUUCACCUUCAGAACUAGGUGCAUCAGCAGCAGAGGAGGGCCUUCCGCGCUCAGCGGGUCAAGGAUAUUUGGUCACCAAGAUAAUGGCAACUGAUGCAGAUUCUGGUCAGAAUGCACGGAUCUUUUAUCAGAUGGUGAAAUCUACCGAUCCCACUUUGUUCACCGUUACGAAAAAUUCAGGUGAAAUCAGAACAGCUCGCAGUAUUUUGCACACAGAUGCUCCUGUACACACUCUCGUCAUCUUGGUGAAGGACAAUGGGCAGCCAAGCCUGUCCAGUACAGUUACAAUGAAUGUUAGAGUUUUGGAGAACAGUACUGAAGGAAUCACGGAAAGCAGCACCUUGGUGAAGAAUCCGGGAUAUUUCUCUGAUCCAAAUGUUUAUUUAAUCAUCAUUUUCAGUUGCACUUCCGUUGUCUUUCUUCUGAUCAUCGUUCUGUUGAUUGGGAUCAAGUGUAAACAGGACAGAAGUAUUAUCCAAGGGUAUAACUCUGCCAGGUAUCGUUACAAUCGUGGAGAUUCGCAAGAUACGUAUAAAGGAAGACAUGCGAUGGAGGAAACUUUACGCUAUCCUGGGACUGGCCGGGUUGUCCGCGUGCCGGAACCGCAUCAAUAUUCGGUCUGCCUGUCUCCAGAGUCAGCGAAAAGUGAUUUUCUAUUUUUGCAGCCAUGCGGUGCUCCCAUGUCUCAGACCCGAAGAGAAAGGCGGGCAGUCUCUGCGUUUUAUCGUGUUAUCAAGCUACAAAGGAUACAUCCCCUGUCUGUUUCGACUAGGCAAUUAGAAUAUAUAUGUUUCUAUUUCGUGGUUUUGCCGUUUAAUCGAGGACAGGCCUGGUUUUCGAUAUUAAUUGAAUGCGGAACAAUGGCGUAUUUACCGAGGUUUCCUUUCAACGUGUUUGCAUUCAUGCUUCUGAUAUGUGAACAGGAUCUAAUUUGCGGGCAAAUUCGUUACGCUAUUCCCGAGGAAAUGGAGCAAGGGGCAUUUGUUGGGAAUAUUGCUCAAGAUCUGGGCCUGAAUGUACGGCAAUUGUCAGCUCGCAAAUUCCGACUGAGCUCCGAUGGCGGAGGGCGCUACUUGAAGGUUAGUUUGGACAAUGGAAUAUUAUCUAUUCGUGAAAGAAUCGAUAGGGAACGUAUCUGUAGGCAAGCAGACAUCUGUACCGUGUCUUUUAAAACAACACUGGAAAAUCCCUCGGAGGUGUACCGCGGGGAAUUAGAGAUUCUUGAUGUCAAUGAUAAUUCCCCCGCUUUCGGAGACCACAGCAUCGUCUUACAGAUAUCGGAACUGAGUGCACCCGGGGUACGCUUCCGUCUCGAGAGGGCGGAAGAUCCCGACAAUGGAAUCAAUACCGUCGCCGCUUACACGGUCAGUUUCACCGAGUACUUUAGUAUAAAAACACGCAGAACAGAGAGCGAUGUUCUCAUACCAGAGUUGCUGUUAGAUAAACCUUUGGACCGAGAGCUGCAAUCUUCCUUUCAGCUCUUGCUUACUGCGACAGACGGUGGCACUCCUCAGAGAACAGGAACAGCUCAGAUUCUUGUAACUGUGUUCGACAUUAAUGACAACGCGCCGGUGUUUGAUCGUGAUAUUUACAGGGUCAGCGUAAGUGAGGACGCGCCACAUGGUACCUUGGUGAUGAAAGUCAAAGCAAAUGAUUUGGAUGAAGGGCUGAAUGCUGCGAUAACAUAUUCUUUUAGUGAUGUUGAUUUGCGAAGAGCGCGUAAUGUAUUCAGUUUAGAUCCAAAUAGUGGGAAGAUUCUAGUUGAAGGGCCCUUGGAUUUUGAAGAAACCAUCAGUUAUUCUCUUGAUGUUCAAGCUGUGGACCACGGUUCACCCUCAAUGACAGGACAUUCUAACGUGCUGAUCAAGGUCAUUGACGUGAACGAUAACGCACCCGAGAUUAAGGUGACAUCGGCUUCCAAACAAAUUCCGGAAAAUGCACCGCCUGGUACAUUCAUAACCUUCAUUGAUGUUGUGGAUCGUGAUUCUGGGGAGAACGGUGAAGUUCGCUGUGAGUUACCCAAGAAUAUCCCAUUUAGACUACAGACAUCAUCGAACCUGUAUAAAUUGGUUACUAGUGAAACAUUGGACCGUGAAGGGAUUUCUGAAUAUCGAUUACCAAUUUCAGCAUGGGACCUGGGGUCGCCUUCACUGUCCUCAAAUAAAACCAUCCAUAUUACAAUAACCGAUGUAAAUGAUAACGCUCCGCGGUUUGCUGAAUCAACCUACAAGGUAUAUGUGAUGGAGAACAAUGCACCAGGCGCAUCGAUUUUCGUACUAACUGCUAUAGAUACUGAUCUGGAGCAGAAUUCCUAUGUUUCUUAUUCUUUGGUGGACAAUUUCAUCCAAAAUCUACCAGUGUCCACUUACCUGGCAAUUAACCCCAUGAACGGUACCAUUUAUGGGUUGCGAUCCUUUGACUAUGAGGAACUCAAAAACUUCCAGAUCCAUGUACAAGCCCGGGACGCUGGGGUGCAACCGUUGAGUAGCAGCGCCACGGUGAAUGUUAUCAUCCUGGAUCAAAAUGACAACGCGCCGGUAAUUGUUUCACCUUCAUAUCAGAGUCGAUCAGCAGCAGAGGAGGGCCUGCCCCGCUCAGCGAGUCAAGGGUAUUUGGUCACCAAGAUAAUGGCAACUGAUGCAGACUCUGGUCAGAAUGCACGGAUCUUUUAUCAGAUGGUGAAAUCUACCGAUCCCACUUUGUUCACAGUUACGAGAAACUCCGGUGAAAUCAGAACAGCGCGCCGUAUUUUGCAGACAGAUACUCCUGUACACACUCUGAUCAUCUUGGUGAAGGACAAUGGGCAGCCAAGCCUGUCCAGUACAGUUACAAUGAACAUUAGAGUUUUGGAGAACAGUACUGAAGGAAUCACGGAAAGCAGCACCUUGGUGAAAAAUCCGGGAUAUUUCUCAGAUCCAAAUGUUUAUUUAAUCAUCAUUUUCAGUUGCACCUCCGUUGUUUUUCUUCUCAUCAUCGUUCUGCUGAUUGGGAUCAAGUGUAAACAGGACAGAAGUAUUAUCCAAGGGUAUAACACCCCCAGUUAUUGUUACAAUCGUGGAGAUUUGCACGGUACGUUUAAUGGAAGACAUGCGAUGGAGGAAACUUUACGCUAUCCUGGGACAGGCCGGGUUGUCCGCGUGCCGGAACCGCAUCAAUACUCGGUCUGCCUGUCUCCAGAGUCAGCGAAAAGUGAUUUUCUCUUCUUGAAGCCACGCGGCGAUCCCGACUCGGGCCUAAAGUCUCAGGCGCAAUGAGGAGUAACCGCAGGGAAGGGGCAUAUUAUUUGGGUGUCAUUUUUAUCUCGAGGGAUGUGUAUCAUUCGUAAGUAAAAUAUUUAAGGAAAUA